AUGGCCGCUCGCGCCCUCAUCGCCUCCCUCGCUGCCACCGCAGCAGCCACCCCCCUCGUCCCAGGCGCAACCAAACUCGCCGCUCGCGAUGUGAUCGACCAUGACGCCGUUGUCGGCUUCGACGAGACAGUCCCAGAGGGCACAACCGGCGAGCAGUACCUAGCCUACCAGCCGUACCUAUACGUCGAGGACGGCUGUGUUCCAUUCCCAGCCGUUGACGCCGAGGGAAACACAAGCGGCGGCCUCGAACCCUCCGGCGGCUCCUCCAGCAACUGCGACUCCUCACCCGGACAGGUCUACGCCCGCUCCACAAUGUCCGAUGGCUCAGUCUCAACCUACGGCGCCGCCAUCAUGUACUCCUGGUAUAUGCCCAAGGACUCGCCCAGCACCGGCCUCGGCCACCGCAAUGACUGGGAGGGGGUGGUCGUGUGGCUCAACGACGAAUCCUCCACGGCGGUGGAUAACAUCGCCGCUGUGUGUCCGAGUGCGCACGGGGAAUGGAAUUGCGAUACCGAGUUCACCCUUGAUGGGUCGAGGCCGCUUAUUAAGUACUCGAGUACUUGGCCGGUCAAUCAUCAGCUAGAUCUUACUGAUGAGAUUGGCGGGACGCAGCCGCUUGUUGCGUGGGAGAGUUUACCUGAUGUGGCCAGGCAGGCGCUGCAGGAUGCGGACUUUGGGGAUGCUACUGUGCCACUCAAGGAUGAGACCUUUGGUGGCAAUUUAGAGAGUGCGACUUAUUAG